UGGAAGCAAUAUGGCAGACAACAUGAACUUGGUUGUGGAGGGGCUUGUAAAGUUUAGAGACGGCAAAAAAUGGAAACCUCGUUGGUGUGUACUGAAGAAACCGUCUCCGGUUGCUGAUCGCUUACAAGUCCAGUUAUACAAAGACAUAAAAGAUGCAACAAAAGGGAACCCACCAAAGCAGGAAUUUUAUGUGGAAGGAUUUUAUGGUUUGGAAACGGUUAAGUUUGACAAGGAACCCAACGUCCUUUGUGUGGUGUGCCAAAAACAAGUGACACUAUUUGCAUUUGAAAAUAGACAACAGGUCAUACAGUUUGAAAUCAAAAUAAGAAAAGCUUUAGGAGAAGAGGAUCAAUUUGUAGUUGAUAUAAAGAAAGUUCCAAAUAACAGUAAACUCCAGCCAGAUCGUGUUAGACUUUUGAUACAUGGACAAAAGUUUUGUUUUACUGCAAGUAUUCCUCCUAAAGUUUUAUGUUCUUGGCAAAUAACUGAUCUUAGAAGAUUUGGAGGUGUUGAUGGCAAAUUUGUAUUUGAAGGUGGAUCCAGGUGUACUAAAGGUUCAGGAAUACAUUGUGUAGCCAGUAAGCAGGCAGAGGAAAUAGCUGAAAUUGUCACAUUAGCUAGCCAGGGUAAAACUGCAAGCUGUAGAAAAGCAAAUAAGAGGAGGUCUCAGUGUUGUGAUCCUUUUGAGACUGGAAGCCGAGUGUUUUCUGAUGCGUUUCAUAAGGAUUUUCACAGUUCUUUCAAUGAUUCACAACAUAAAUUUAUGCAUGAUAACAGAUGGCCCAAGCGACAUUCAUUCUAUUCUGAUCACAGUCUGCACUUACGGAGUAUUGAAAAUUUGGAGCGUGAAAGAUUAAUGUCUUUAUAUGAUGUCCCACCCAGCAGAAUUCGCAAAGUUGAAGCAUUCAAAUGUACCAAAAAGCAUAGCUUAAGUAGUGUAGAGAACAAAAGCCUGGAAGACACUUCACCAAGUUCGUUUGGUUCAGGGAAUACUGUUAUAUCUCGUAAAGAGGAACCGUUACAAAGUAAUGGCAUGCCAUUGGACAAAAAUAGUGAACAAAAUAUCUCAAGUCUCAGUAUGAUCAGUUGUAACUCAGCACUUAGUUUAGCGGAGAACUUUGACGAAAAUCAAAUGUAUCUUGGUUGUAAUACCAAAGUUUCUGCUAGUGCACCUGCUCUGUGUGGAUAUGGUGCUUACAUUUCUGAUCCCAGGAGAAAUCUGACAGGGUCUGUGCCAAAUAGAAUUGAUGAAGAAAUUGACAAAAUGGCUGAUUAUACCAGAAGACAAGACGCUUGGGAUCGACUGCAGGGAGAAGAAGUUAACUUACAAAGGGAAUUGUCACUUUUGGAUGAAAUAUUGGAGGGUUGCAAGGUUGAGAGCAGAAAGAAUCAACAGGAAAGUAAGAAGAGAGAAAGAAAUAGACCUCCACCGUUACCUUGUCGUUCUACAAAACCAACAAAACGACCUACAAAUAUUAAUCUGAAUCCAAGAAACGUUUUAGAAUACAAUGAUAGUUGUUUGAGUCCAAACCUGGCUAGUAAACUUAAUAAAAUACAUCCUUGUUCAAAACUGUCAGCACCGCUACCGUAUGUGAACUUAGAAAAAUAUGAUAUUGGAGAUAUUGACAAAAGUCAUGUCUAUGUUCCCGCCAGUGUACCUCCUAAAGAUAUCGGUAACUGGAGUGCUCCAUGUUUUAGAUCUGGAAGUUUUGAUAAUAUGAAUAACAAAUUAGCGAACAAGGAGAAUCGUAAUAGUAUUUCAAGGAGGAGUUCAAAUAGUAGUGACUGUCUUCUAAAUAUGCAUAAUACUGAAGAUUUUAAAGUGCCUUUGAGGGAAAAUAUUUAUGCAAAUGAAAUUCCAUUUGAUAAUAAAGAUAAUAUACCACCUAAAUUACCACCAAAAGGACCAAAACUGAAAGGUAAACAGAAUCAGGAAGAUAUUCCGCCACCACUGCCAACUAGACGUCGAAUAAGUGAUGCACAAUAUCAAAAUUCCUUAGAUUUCCCCCCAAAACAAGAACACACUGAAUUAAUACGAGAAGAAAAUUACCUGAUGAUGGGUAACUUUGCAAAAGAACCAAAACUUAAUACAGGCAAGUUACAGGAAGAACUGGAUUGUGAGCUUAUGGUUAAAUUACCAACAAGGAUAUCAAAACCUAAGAGGGACCCUCCAAAGCCACCUCAGGAUGAACACUCUGAGGAUUCUUCCAGUUGUUACAUUGACAUGGCUGGACAAUUUCUACCAGAACCAAAAAAGGAGCCUGCCAAUCAAAACUUAGAUAUAAAACCCCCACAAUAUUUCCGAUCGAAUAGUACAUCUGCCAUUACAGAUCGAAAAGUCUUCCCGCCAAAUUUCAAUAAUUCAUUCAGUGGUACAACUGAAGUUAGUACAAAAGGACUUGUAAGGGAAGAAAACUAUUUACUGAUGUCAGCUUUUAAAACUCCUCCGAAAUGUUCAUCGGAAAGUUCAAUUUCGAGUCAAAAUACAGAGGAUAUGAAAAAUGAAUUAAUUCUUGCAAAGGAAUCAUCAGAUUCUCUAAGCAGCAGUGAAAGUCAAAGUUCAGAGGCAAGAGGUCAAAAUACAGAACGGAAAUCUUCAAUUAUACCUUUUCCAAAUCUGAUUAAUUUUCAAAAGCAUAAUGUGAUAAAAUCAGUAAAAACACCAGAAAAACAAAUUCCGCAAAGAUCAGCAUCAGAAAAACUGCAUAGUGAAGGUGGCAAAAGUCCAGGUUUUCUUUCACGUCUCAUUAGAAGGAAUUCUGGGAAUAGGAAGAGCAUGUCUCAGAGUCAGGAAAACUUACUAGCGUCAAGUUCAAGUGAAAGUUGUUUGGAACGUGUUCACAAUACAAGAUCUCAAAAUAAAGAUGCAAUAUCCAUUUCAAGUGGUUCUUCUCCAAGCAAUAGUCGUAGAGCCAGUCAGCAGGAUAUUUCUAUCAUUGAGAGGCGGAGGUCGUCAAGUUUUCCAAAUCGCUCAAGUUUCUUGGAUAUGUUACCUCAGGGUAGUAGUGAAGAAAAAAGGACACAUCAUGAAUCUCAGGAGUCGUUUGUUUCUACUGUAUCUAUGGAUGAUCAGAUGCAGUUGAUUGUUUCUGAAGAAAUGCCUUGCUCUUUGGAUGCCGACAGUUGUGGAAAUGGAUCUGAUAAAUCCAAGCAAUAUUAUAUGGGACCAUGUCAAAAUAAUGAAGAAGAAAAGAAGCGUCCUGAAAUCCGGAAAAAAGUUAGUGAUUUUCCCUCACCGAAAACUUCUUUAAAAUUUAAUAAAAAUAAUGUCAAUAAUGUUUACACUGUGAGACACGUUAAAAGAACAUCGUAUGAAUAUGAGAAACCUGAAAAUACGAGUAAAACAGAUGAUGAGAAAUUAAUCGAAUUAUUGACACGUGAUAAGAAUAAGAUCAGCACAGACGACUGUGAUUCUCUGAAAUUAUCUGUUGAUUGUAAACAGGAACAAGAUGCUAGUCCUGUGAAAAUACAAAAGCAGUCUCCUGCAGAGGAGGCAGCGGCCAUUGCUCGUCUAGUAACAUCUUUACCACCAUUCAUACCUCCAAAAAUGAAAACUAAUCCAUGCUCACUUUCACCCGUACUAGAAAGUGCUCCAUAUACCCCAUCAUCCAGAAGUAACGGAACAAGUAAUCUGACAGAUACAUGGAGAUCCAGUCAAAGUUUUAAAUCCUUUCAUUCUUUGUCGGAAAGUAUGAGCAAUAGACGUUUGCCAUCACAUUCUGAAAUUACUAGUGCAAUGCUGAAAAUUGUUGACAACAAUCAAGGAAAAGAUUUGUCUGUGUGGGUUAAAAAGUCCAGUGGUUCAGGUAAAACUGAAUCAGUAGAAGAACAAGAAGAGAAAUUCAAGGCAAUUGUAAUAGAAGUUGAUGAAACACAAAAUGAUGAUGACACAAUGUCACUGUCUUCACAGGAAAGUAGUUUGGAUGAAGGAACCAGGAGCAGCCCUGCAUCAACCAUUCUAAGGCCCAGAUCAGGAAAGGAAUACAAAAUGAUUGAAAGAAUAUACACGGGUACAGAUAGCUUUACAACUAGUCCAGUACCAACACCGACUUCCCCCUCUGGAACCUCAGUUUUUACAUUUGACAAUUUUUCGGCCUCACCAUCACAACAGAGCAUAUACAGUCACGAUAAGGAAUCUCUAGCUACUUCGAAAGGAUCUCGACAGGAUGAUAAUCCGCCAAAAGUGCCUGAACGAGGAAGUCCAUACAGGGCUUAUGUGAAUAUAACGCCACCUCCUUCACCUUUGAAAAACAGUAGCACAACAUUGCAAUCUGAAAGUGAAAGGCAAUUAAUAUAUGCAGAAAUUGACUUGACUCUACCAACAAAAACAAGUCGUAAAACCAGAAAGCCUUCGAUGAAAUCUCAGAGAUCUUUGGGAAAUAAUGUUGAAUAUGCUUUAAUUGAUAUGGAAGCUACACAAGCAAUACAGAGUGCUGGGCGUGAACAUGCCCGAACACGAGAGGAUAGUUCUAGUCUCAGGAGGGUUGAUCGGAAGGCUUCAUUGUCCAGCUUUAGAGAUCGUAAGGCCUCAACUAGUUCUCCAUCUCCAACUUUCAGAGACAGAAAAGACAGCUCAUCAUCUUCAGAUUCUGGUCAUGGAGAAUAAUCAUGUUACAACAAUUGUUGUCUUGUUCUGUGUGCUAUUAACCACUUUUAUUAUCGAUCUGCUGAUAUCCACAUAGAUCAGUGCUUCCGUAGUCUUGUUGAAUGUUUUUGAAAUCAUCAUUGUUCAUAUUGUUAUAAAGUUGUUCUAGUCUUAUCCUAUGAAAUGUCUUUGGGACCAAAUUGGACCAAUUUGGAGUUUAAUGUCAUUUAUUUGUUUAUCAUUUUAUAUUGAGGCCAAGGUUAAAUAUACAAGUGGUUCUUUUUACACCUCUUUUAACAUCUUAUUUUUUUCAUGUACAAAAAAAUAAUUGCAGUUGAUAGAGUUCGGGUACAGUAAAGUAAAAAAAAAAUAUGAAUUUCACAAAUAAUGAAGUAUUUAAAAUGUUAUUUACACCUACCCUUUUUAACUGAACUAUUACAGAGCUUGUAUUAGGAAUAACAUUUAUAUUUUUCAAUUUGGCCUUAAAAGAAUGCAGGGAGAAAUUCAAAGUUUUUGUUGAUUGAAUUAACUUAUUUUUCACAGAGGGCGUGUUAAACACAUGUUAUGCUUCCUCAACUUAGUAUCUUUUAAAUAAAUCAAAUGUGAUGUAUUUGCAUAAUUUGCUAAUCAAAAAUUGUAUGUUAAGGAUUAAAAUACCUUAUACAAUAAGGAUACAAUGAAAAUGCUGUUUGAUCUCUUAUGUAAAUCCAUGGGUAAGUUUUGGGAAGGGGAAUGAAAUGGAACUUACUGUUUUAACUGCGCAUUCUGUGUCCACACUUUCCUUAUGAGUAUCCAACAAACGCCCUGGUUUGCUUUCUGUUGUGAAGAAUGCUUUGGGUUUGCCGCAAUGAUGCAUAAGUUAAAAAAUUUGGAGACUUAAAUUUCAUUGUUUGAUAGAAUAAUUAUUAGAAUAGAAGCUAAAUUGGAGCUUUGUUAGAUCCUUGUAAGCAAAGCAGACAUCACACAGAAUCUGUAUUUAAUCAGAUUUUAAAUUGUAAGGAAUAAACAGAUAGUUGAAAAUCCCAUCUUGUCAAAUACCAUAGGUGUACACCUCUUUUUAUCAUACUUAUAAUAAGUUGGUUUCUGUACAACGAAAUAUGAUUAUGCGUGUUUUGUAGUGAUAUAUAAGCUACAUAGCAUUUAACUGGUGCUUAGGUCACUCAAAAUUAUUUCUAGUAUGCAUAAAAAAAGCGCAUUUGCCAAAUUUUUAUAAAUAAUAGGUUUUGUAUGAACAAAUUUUGGAUCCAGAACAUUUUUUACAUAAUAUACUUGCAUAUAUACUUUGAAAUUUGUUCAGAUAUUAGAUUGAAAUAUUUUCAAAAUUGUUUUUGAAAUUUUUACAUUAGAUCAAUGAAAACAAUUAUGAAAAAAGAACUAGGAAUCUUUUUUGUGUGGCCUAAAAGUAUAGUUUUAGGUUGUUAUAUGUUAUGAAAUAUCUGUAUAUUUUGAAAUUUUAUAUAUAUAUUUUAAUGGUUUUUAUAUUCAUACUACAAAUGUUUUUCAGUAGCAAAAAAUAGUACUAGGGAACAAUAAAAAUAGAACCAGUGUUAUAUUGGAAACCUGUGGUUGUGUUUUAUAUUUUCAAAUACAUGCUCAUUAAUUUAUUUUUUAAUCAGAAACUGCAUCUUAAAUUGUGCUUUAAUAAUUUAUUUUUUUAUGUAGAUUUUUCUUGCAGGAAGAUUUGAUAUUUGGAUUUUUUAUAAACAGAAACUUUAAAGGCUUUAUUUAGACUUAAGCAUGAUUUUGUAUUUUUACACAUUAAAUUUAAUUUUUAUGAUACUUUAUUAAUUAAUUUUGGUCUCUUCCACUUAUUUCGUGUUCUUUGUGUGUGAUAAAGUCUUGAAACUAAUAGAUAUUUGUGUUUUUCAAUCAUUAAUGCUAGUUGCUAAGAAUCAUGGAGAAAUUGUAUAAUUAUUUUGUCUGAUCAUUAAUCAUUUUUGUACUAUUAAAGGCGACUUUUUUACUUUUUCUCUUAUUAAUAUAACAUAAUAUAUUUUGUUAAUUUUUCAAUCAAGAACGGAAGUAGUAACUAAAACUGGAAUGUUUUUUAGAUUUCCAAUGUUGUUUUUUUUAUUCUUAACAGAUAAAUCUAUUCUGAAAUAUUUUUCUGUUUUUAUAUUUUCAAAUAGCAAAGUAGAGAUAUAAUGUUAUGUUUCUAUCAAUUUUUUUUUAUCCUUAUGCCUAUCUAUAGUAAAUAUGUGAGAGACAGAAAUAGAAUCAAGAUUUUAUGAAACAUUCAAAAGCAGUUUGCUGUUUUUCGCUCAAAUGGAAGAGACUAUGCUACCACCAACUAAAAAAUGAACUAUUGCUUUCUUUUGAUGCAGUUCUCGUAAUUAUCAAAAGAUUUUCAGUUAAAAUUUUUGAAGAUUUAUAUAUUUAUGCCCUGCCUGCAAAAGUAGAAAGUAUUUAUUUUGUUUGUGCAUUUGUCCAUCUCAGGUUAAAGUUUGUGUUAAGGUAGAUUACCAAUGAAGUUGUGGUCACAUUAAGUAUAAACUUACUACAUAUUCUCAUUAUGAUGAGAAAUUUUUAUAAGAUAUAUACCAAAUUAGGAUUUUAACCCAGAUUUUGUGGCUCAUUGAACAUGCAAAUGCGAUAAUAUGAGUGGGGCAUGGUGUCCUAAAGGCAGAUUCUCUUUUAAGAAAACUUCUGUAUUUAGAUAUGAGCAACAAUACACCUUAUCAUUAUUUGUCCGCCAUUACUGGACAUCACAAAAGUUCCCUUAUAAUUUUGACGUCAUAAAAGAAAAUAUCUGAUGCUACAAUGGAAAAGUGAUUGUUGUAUGACGUCAAAAGUUCAAGCAGGACAGAUUCUCGGGUCAAGCGGGACAGAUUUCCAAAUAGCGAUAAGGUGUAUCUUAGAGCCAAAAAUUCCACAAGAUGUCUUAACCAAAGAAUUGAAGUAUAAAUCAAGGUGGUUGCUUAUACAUUUGUAUUUUUAUUUCUAAAGAAUUAUGUUAAAAAAGGUUUUUAUUGUUAAAUAUAUAUCAUUAUUACUAUGGACAUUCUGCACUUAAGUGACCCAACUGCAUAAUCCUAUUUAUUUAUAAUAAGAAUUUAUAUAAUUUUUUAUAGUGUUUUCUUUGCUUUAAUUUAUUACUUAAUUGUUUUUGAGAUUCAAGUAAAUCAAAAGGGGCCAAGAUUUUAAAUUUAGAAAUUUUAUUUAAUGUAGGAUUGUAAAAAUAUCCUCUGCCUUCAUUGUUUAUCAAAUUUUACUUGGCCAUUAUAUAUUUUCAAGAUAGAAGUAUAUGGAAGCUUAAAAAUUGGCUAUGUAAUAAAUAUGAAAUAAACGAAAUUCAAAAUGCCAAUGAGGCUUCAAAAUUAUAUAAUGGGAAAUUAUCAAAUUGCUGUAUGAGCUACUUGCAAGGCUUUUUGCAAGCAUGUGUCAAAAAGGGAGAUAAAUCAUUUGAAUGAAGAAAAGGGAAGAUUUUAAACAUUUCACAGUAAGUUGCUUAUAGUAGUAAAAGAGAUGAUUUUUUGUGUAGAAUAAUUCAAGCUUGAACAGAGUGAGUUAUUUGUGUGAUUUUCUUUUAAACAUUUAUAAUUAACUAUAGCUUUAUAAUCAAACUUUAUAUAAUUACUGUGCCAAGAAUUGAAUAGAUAUAUACUUGAAUGAAUAAGUUACUUUGCCAAGAAUUGAAUAUAUAUAUACUUGAAUGAGUAAGUUACUUUGCCAAGAAUUGAAUAGACUUUGCCAAGAAUUGAAUAGAUAUAUACUUGAAUGAAUAAGUUACUUUGUCAAGAAUUGAAUAGAUAUAUACUUGAAUGAAUAAGUUACUUUGAAAUCAUUUUGUGUGUACCUAUUUUUGUUGAAUGGAGAAAAAUGUAUUUUAAUAAAUACUUGAUUUCAUAGUUUUGGCAGUUCUAUCUCCAAUCAAGUUUAUAUGAUACUUUUAUUUUGAUCUUGAAAAGUAGUACUAGAAGAAUAGUAAUGAUUCCACAGUAUGUGACUGUUACUAAACUGGAGUAUAUUAGAUGCUUUACAUAUAAAAUCUCAAAUAUAAUUCAAUGUUACCAAAGUCAAAAAUCUUAAGGAUUUUUAUUCAUUUUUAGCUCACCUGACCUGAAAGGUCAAGUGAGCUUUUCUCAUCACUUGGCGUCCGUCGUCCUGCGUCCGUCGUCCGUCGUCCGUAAACUUUUACAAAAAUCUUCUCCUCUGAAACUACUGGGCCAAAUUUGACCAAACUUGGCCACAAUCAUCAUUGGGGUAUCUAGUUUAAAAAAUGUGUCCGGUGACCCGGCCAACCAACCAAGAUGGCCGCCAUGGCUAAAUAUAGAACAUAGGGGUAAAAUGUAGAUUUUGGCUUAUAUCUCUGAAACCAAAGCAUUUAGAGCAAAUCUGACAUGGGGUAAAAUUGUUUAUCAGGUCAAGAUCUAUCUGCCCUGAAAUUUUCAGAUGAAUCGGACAACCCGUUGUUGGGUUGCUGCCCCCUAAAUUGGUAAUUUUAAGGAAAUUUUGCCGUUUUUGGUUAUUAUCUUGAACAUUAUUAUAGAUAGAGAUAAACUGUAAACAGCAAUAAUGUUCAGCAAAGUAAGAUCUACAAAUAAGUCAACUUGACCAAAAUGGUCAUUUGACCCCUUAAGGAGUUAUUGCCCUUUAUAGUCAAUUUUUAACCAUUUUUCGUAAAUUUUUGUAAUCUUUUACAAAAAUCUUCUCCUCUGAAACUACUAAGACAAAUUUAACCAAACUUGUCCACAAUCAUCAUUAGGGUAUCUAGUUUAAAAAAUGUGUCCGAUGACCCCGCCCGCAAACCAAGAUGGCCGACAUGGCUAAAAAAUAGUACAUAGGGUAAAAUGCAGUUUUUGGCUCAUAUCUCUGAAACCAAAGCAUUUAGAGCAAAUCUGAUGAGGAUUAAAUUGUUCAUUAGGUCAAGAUCUAUCUGCCCUGAAAUUUUCAGACCAAUCAGGCAACCCGUUGUUGGGUUGCUGCCCCUGAAUUGGUAAUUUUAAGAAAAUUUUGCAGCUUUUGGUUAUUAUCUUGAAUAUUGUUAUAGAUAGAGAUAAACUGUUAACAGCAAUAAUGUACAGCAAAGUUAGAUCUACAAAUAAGGCAACAUGACCAAAAUUGUCAAUUGACCCCUUAAGGAGUUAUUGCCCUUUAUAGUCAAUUUUUUACAAUUUUCAUAAAUUUUGUAAAUUUUUGUAAAUUUUUACAAAGUAUUUUCCACUGUAACUACCGGGCCAAGUUCACUAUAGAUAGAGAUAAUAGUAAGGAGCAAGAACGUUCAGUAAAGUAAGAUCUACAAACACAUCACCAUCACCAAAACACAAUUUUGUCAUGAAUCCAUCUGUGUCCUUUGUUUAAUAUGCACAUACAUUUGUAGACCAAGGUGAGCGACACAGGCUCUUUAGAGCCUCUAGUUGAUACACCUUAUUAUUCCCUAGAAAUUAAAAGUUAUACAAUAUUCAUUGUCAUGCAAGAGUAAUACAAAAUAACUUCCAUUUUACUUUAAGUUGUACAUGUCACUAAAUCUGAUAGGUAAAAUGUGAAAACAGAAAUGAUUUUCAUAGCAUUUUACCAUAGAAUCAUCCGCCAAAUUUUGAAAAAUGAAACUGGACUAGAAAUUUUCAUUACAAUCUAAUAGUUGAUGGAUCAGGUUAUAAACUAAUUUUAGUCUGUAAACUGAAAUCACUUGUGCUGAGUUGUUUAUUAAAUUUUCAAAUUUCUUCUUAAAUUCUCAGUAUAUAUAUGCUAAUAUCAAAAAUGAAAUUGUUUUUUAUGCAAUUUUUGUGUUAUUUUAAAUAGCAUAAAUUAAAAAAAAAAUUAUUAGCACUGCACUGCCCACCGAAUUCUAAAUUUGUUUUGUUAAACUUUGGAAUCAUAAUCCACAGUGUAAGGGUGGUUCCAGAAAAAUUGCUACAGGGGUGUUUCAAGGCACCUACUUCUUUAUCCCACCAAUGAAUUUUUUUUUUUACAAUUUUCAAAUUAGAUUUUUCUGAUCACAAACAGAAAUUUAGAUAAAAGUGCCUUUAAAAACCCCCCAAAUGAACUUUCUGGAAUAACCCUAAUUUAAUUGCUAGAUGUUGUGAACUUUUUAAUUUAUAUGUUUUUGUUUAAUGCACAUUUAUUUUAUAUAAGCAUUUAUUAUCCAAAAUGAUUUACGUAAUCGUAAUGUGACCAUUGUAGUCAUAUUUUUUUUGUUUUGUGUCCACCAGUCAAUGUGUUGUAAUGUAUUUAGUGCUUUCUAUGUUGAACAUUUUAUAUCUGUAUUUUGUAUGUUAGUUCUUCUAGAACACAUUGUUUUAGAAUAAAUUUAUUCUCUGCUA